AUGGCGCCGUCCCAUUUGAAGUUUGAGCCGGGAGACAAUGCGCCGCGACCGUCGAUAAGUACUCCUGCACACAUGGCAACGACAACGUUGAAGGUUGGCGGUAUGACAUGUGGUGCAUGUACGUCUGCGGUAGAAGGGGGUUUUAAGAGCGUCGAGGGCGUUGGGAACGUGUCUGUGAGCUUGGUGAUGGAAAGAGCGGUCAUCGUUCACGAUCCCCAGCGGAUAACCGCCGAGCAAAUACGAGAGAUAAUUGAAGACCGGGGCUUCGAUGCGGAAGUCCUGGCUACAGACCUACCUUCGCCGAUGUUCAGCAAGAAAGGAUACCUGUAUGAUGAGAAUAUGGACGGGGAGGAAGAGGAUGAGCCGACAACGACAACAACGACUUUGGCUGUGGAGGGUAUGACAUGCGGGGCGUGUACUUCUGCUAUCGAGGGAGGUUUCAAGAGCGUUACGGGAGUGAAACAUUUCAGUAUAUCGCUACUCUCGGAACGGGCGGUAGUCGAGCAUGACGAGUCUCUGUUAAGUGCGGAGCAGAUAGCGGAAAUAAUCGAGGACCGAGGAUUCGGAGCGACAAUCGUUGAGAGCAAUAGAUCGGAACCGACAAAGAGCUCGAAGACACGCCGCGGUAGUUCAGGGAUUAGGGAAAAGAUUGCGACCACCACUGUUGCGAUUGAAGGGAUGACUUGUGGAGCAUGUACUUCUGCUAUCGAGGGCGGUUUCAAAGACUUGGAAGGCUUGGUUCAGUUCAACGUCAGUCUUCUUGCUGAAAGAGCCGUGGCCAUACACGAUCCGGCGAAACUGUCACCUGAGAAGAUUGCAGAAGUAAUCGAAGACAGGGGAUUUGAUGCAAAGAUUAUUUCGACACGACUAGGCAGUGCCUCGCAGCCUUCCUCGGCCGCUGUGGCACAAUUUAAAGUUUUUGGAGUCAGAGAUGCCGCUGCAGCGACUGCUCUUGAGGCGAAAUUACAGUCCAUGCCAGGAGUCAACUCAGCAACCGUCAGUCUUGCGACAUCCCGGCUCAAUGUCUCACAUCAACCGAACAUUGCUGGGCUUCGUGCUCUGGUCGAACUUAUCGAAGCCCAAGGGUACAAUGCCCUUGUAGCAGACAAUGAUGACAACAAUGCCCAGCUCGAAUCUCUUUCAAAAACCAAGGAGAUCACGGAAUGGCGGAGGGCUUUCAAAACGUCUUUAGCUUUUGCAAUUCCAGUAUUUCUCAUCAGCAUGGUCAUUCCUAUGAUGAUCCCAGCUCUCGACUUCGGAAGUCUCUCUAUUAUUCCCGGUCUCUAUUUGGGAGAUAUCAUUUGUUUAAUCCUUACGAUACCCGUCCAAUUCGGCAUUGGCAAGCGUUUCUACAUCUCUGCAUAUAAAUCCAUGAAGCAUGGCUCACCAACCAUGGAUGUUUUGGUCGUCCUUGGUACAUCAGCAGCAUUUUUCUUUAGCAUUGCCGCGAUGCUUGUCUCUAUUUUUUUGCCUCCUCAUACUCGACCAAGUACGAUCUUCGACACGAGCAGUAUGCUCAUCACAUUCAUCACCCUAGGACGUUUCCUUGAGAACAGAGCCAAGGGACAGACAUCCAAGGCCCUGUCACGACUCAUGUCACUUGCUCCUUCAAUGGCGACAAUCUAUGCCGACCCAAUCGCGGCAGACAAGGCCGCUGAAGGAUGGGAUGUUGCCAUUGGAGCUGGGAGUGAACCAAAGAACGACUCCACGCAAGAAGGAAACGCCGCAGAGGAGAAGGUCAUCCCAACUGAGCUCAUUGAAGUUGGUGAUAUCGUGAUUCUGAGACCUGGUGACAAGAUUCCAGCUGAUGGCACCGUUACCAGAGGAGAGACUUAUGUUGACGAGAGUAUGGUUACUGGAGAAGCCAUGCCCGUCCAGAAGCGAAAGGGUGCUCUUCUCAUAGGAGGCACUGUCAACGGCACUGGUCGUGUGGAUUUCCGCGUCACCAGGGCCGGCAGAGACACACAACUCAGCCAAAUCGUCAAGCUAGUUCAAGAUGCCCAAACUACUAGAGCUCCAAUCCAACGCCUAGCGGACACAAUUGCUGGCUAUUUCGUACCAAUCAUUUUAUGUCUUGGAUUUCUUACAUUUGCAACAUGGAUGGUCCUCAGUCAUGUUCUUGCCAACCCGCCAAAGAUCUUCAUCGAUGAGGCCAGUGGUGGAAAAUUCAUGGUUUGUGUGAAGCUUUGCAUAUCUGUCAUUGUCUUUGCAUGUCCUUGUGCUCUCGGUCUUGCAACACCAACGGCUGUAAUGGUCGGAACUGGGGUUGGUGCUGAGAACGGAAUAUUGGUCAAAGGUGGCGCUGCUUUGGAAACUACGACGAAGAUAACUCAGGUUGUACUUGACAAGACCGGCACUUUGACUCUGGGUAAAAUGACUGUGGCAACCGCGAAGCUCGUCCCAACAUGGGAGAAUAGCGAAUGGCGCAAGAAGCUGUGGUGGGCCAUUCUUGGUCUCGCAGAAAUGGGUAGCGAGCAUCCCAUUGGUAAAGCUAUCCUUGCAUCAGCAAAAGAGCACCUGGGUCUCGAUAUCGAUGGUACGAUCGAUGGCAGUGUCGGAGACUUCGAGGCUGUUGUAGGUAAAGGUAUCAGUGCUCUAGUUGAGCCUGCUACCAGUGCUGAAAGAGCUCGAUACCGUGUUUUGAUCGGAAGUGUCCGGUUCCUUCGCGAAAACAACGUCGAGGUACCUCAAGCUGCUGUCAACUCUUCCGAAGAGGCCAACAUCAAGGCGGCCGGAUCAGCCAAAUCCCCAUCAGCUGGAACUACCAACAUCUUCAUUGCUGUUGAUGGUGCCUUCUCUGGUCAUCUUUGCCUCUCGGACACUGUUAAGGAUAGUGCACGGGCUGCCAUCGCUGCUCUGCACAGGAUGGGUGUCAAGACUGCCAUUGUUACUGGAGACCAGCGCGCCACUGCAGUCGCAGUCGCACGCCUUGUUGGCAUUCCAUCCGAGAAUGUCCAUGCCGGCGUAACUCCAGACCAGAAGCAAGAUAUCAUCCGAAACUUCCAAGAGGCAGGUGAAUGCGUCGCUAUGGUUGGCGAUGGAAUUAACGAUUCUCCCGCACUCGCAACCGCAGACGUCGGAAUCGCCAUGGCCUCCGGCACAGACGUAGCCAUGGAAGCCGCUGACAUCGUUCUCAUGCGUCCCAACGAUCUCAUGGACAUCCCCGCCUCAAUUCAACUCGCCCGCUCAAUUUUUAGCCGCAUCAAACUGAACCUCAGCUGGGCUUGCGGUUAUAAUGUCAUCGGCCUCCCCUUCGCAAUGGGCAUCUUCCUGCCUUACGGAUAUCAUCUCCAUCCCAUGGCCGCAGGUGCCGCAAUGGCAUCUAGCAGUGUCAGCGUAGUCUGCAGCAGUCUUCUCCUUAAGUUCUGGAAACGCCCACGCUGGAUGGACGACGCACUUGCUGAGGAGAAGGGACAAUUGAGGAGGAGAGGGGCUGGUUGGGGCUUUGGCGGUUUAGUUGGAAAGGUCACUGAUCUCGCGAGAGCGGUUACGGGCCGUAAAAGGAAGGAGGAAGAUGGGUAUGUGCCUUUGAGUAAUCUCGAGGCUGUGUAGAAAAGCGGAGGUAGGAAGACUAUACCUCUACCUCUUUUUUUGUUCAUUUGUUAUUUGUGUACUCUGGAAAGCGCUUAGCGUUGCAUGCACAUUGGCUUGUUAUUUCUUUGCAUCUUUUGGCUGUUGGGACAGGAUAUGGGAUGGGUAUGAUGUGAUGUGAUAGUAUCUAGAAUUCUUUGGAGGCUUAGAAAUGAUAUAAAGGAA